GUCAAAACAACACAAGCGUGAAAUGUAUGUGUCCGCCCAGCUCUGUGUUAAAGUAUUCAAAUGAUUCAAAGUUCAAAAUGCAUUUGCUUGCUCCAAAGUUAUUUUACUGCGCCCAACAUGACGCCGUCUGUCGUCUAAAAGUCUUGCUUGAAGAAGAACGCCAGAAAUCCCGUGACCCGUCCUCGCAAUGGCUUUGUGGCGUCUGCUACGACAAGUCAGGGGACACUCUAGCCCACGUUGCGUGCAGACACGGAUCUGUAAACAUAUUGAGGUUCCUGGUUGAAGAAAUCGGGAGUACUUCUUUCCUCGAAGCUCCCAACCUUGACGGGAAGAGGCCUCUCCAUGAAGCUGCUCAGAACUCGCAGCUCGAAUCCGUACGAUUCCUUCUCGAAAAAGGCUGUCAGGUUGAUCCUCUCAAACGGGCUGACUGGACCCCACUCAUGCUGGCAUGUACGAAGCACGACCUGCAAGUUGUUAAGCUGUUGAUUGAAAAGGGCGCAAAUUUAAAGCUGCGUAACAAAGAUGGAUGGACGCCUUUUCACAUUGCUUGCAGGGAGGGUCAUGCCAGCAUCAUAGGAUAUUUGUUAGACACCUGUGCAGACGCUUUUGAUUGCUGUAGCAACAACAAGAGGACACCUCUUCAUACCGCAGCUUUGCAGGGCCGUCUGGAAUGUGUGAGUAUCCUCUUGGACAGGGGUAACUAUCCACCAGAUGUAAGGGACAACUGCAAAAGCACCCCUUUCAUGGACGCUGCACAAGCUGAUCAGACAGACAUUAUGGAGCGUCUGGCUACCUACAAGGCAGACGUGGGUGCCGUAGACGUUCUGGGACGCAACAGUCUGCAUCUGGCAGCUCAGGCAGGGGCCGUUGGUGCUGUUCGUCUCCUGGUCGACAGGUACGGCUUGGACCCAAACAGCACCGACAUGUGGGGACAGACAGCGCUGCAUUAUGCAGCCAAGCGAGGCCACAGUCUCGUCAUAGGACUCUUGUUGACCUUUGGAGCCCUCCACGGACUAAAAGACAACAAGGAGCGUACCGCAUGUGACCUAGCGAGGGAUGCCAACCAUCAAGACUGUUUCACGCUUCUGGAUGCCCACAUGUCUUGAUUGAGGGGAAAUAAAUUAUAUAAAACUA